AUGUUAGAUAGCAAGCCAUGUGAUACACAUGUUGUUAAAGCUUACAGAGUUUCAAUUCAUGAUGGUGUCUUGUUAGAUAAUGCAGAUGUGCACUUACAACUUGUUAAAAGAACUUUAUGGUAUUUGAAAGGAACAAUUGGUUUAGGAAUUACAUUACACAGUGGAGAUUUGCAUAGCUUGAAAGCUUUUACCGACUCAGAUUGGGCAGGUUGUCCAGAUACAAGACGAUCAACUUCAAGAUAUGCAGUUUUUAUUGGUUCAAACUUAAUUUCUUGGUCUUUAAAGAAACAACCCACUGUUUCCAAAUCAUCUGCCGAGGCUGAAUAUAAGUGUUUGUCUGUUGCAGCAGCUGAACUUGAAUGGCUUAAAUCUUUAUUAUCUAAAUUACAUAUUACUAUCUAG